AUGUCUCCUAACAACGGAGAAACAAGCGGAGAACUCGUGCCAAGCACCUCUUACCAAGCCUUCAACACACCAGAUUCACAGUUAAUGAUCCCCGACCUCUCACAAGAUACGAUCAAUGGCCUAAUGACUGCAUUUGGUGAAAUGCAGAGAUUUGAGCAGAGAUUUGAGCAGAGAUUAGAGAGAAUCGAACAGUUUUUGGGCCCCGCACUAUACCAAAAUCCUACUUCAUCUCCCAAUCCUACUCCGCCUCCCAAUGCGACUCCGCUUUCCAGCAUUGAAAUACCACAGCAGAAACUCUCUCACACGAACGACUCGUCCUACCAUACAAAUCCAGGCCACUUACGAGCAGAAGAGGUGGGACACUUCGAUCUACAACAGGCAAAUGUGGAGAAAUUUACGGAGAAGACUAUGGAGAAGAACAAGAGCACGGGCAGCAGCAGUCCUAUUCAAGCGGGCACACUCUCCACAAUUCCACACCAGGCCACUAUGCAUAAUUGCGGAGAUCCUUCCCCUCGCCUUAACAGUGCUCCACUUUCUACCUUACCUCUCGCCUCUCAACUCGCCUCUCAACUCGACUCUCCGCUCGGCUACAUUCGAUUCGCGAAGGAUAUGGAGGCUAUAGGCCAAGGAUAG